UCGUUCCGGUUGGACGUAAUUUUUAUAAGCAUAGCAACAUUUUUUGGGAUUUUUUUGAAUAGUAAGUGAGACAAGUGAUCAAAAUAAAAAAGAUGUCGAGAAAUCGAGAUGCAGCAGUUCACAUCAGAAAUGAUAGAAAUGAAUACCGGGCAACUGCUUACAGUCCCACCGUUGAUAUUCGACCUAUGUCAAAUGGAGAUGGAUAUCACCGAACUCGAAAGAAUAUUUCCACUUGCAUUGAGAUCAUCGCACUCAUUUUCAGCUCAUUAUUAAUGAUAAUUACGUUGCCGGUUUCGUUGUUUAUAUGCUUUAAAGUCGUUUCAGAGUAUGAACGUGCAGUCAUUUUUCGAAUGGGUCGUUUGAGAUCGGGAGGUGCACGAGGUCCGGGUGUGUUUUUUGUACUGCCAUGCAUUGAUAAUUGUUGUAAAGUCGAUUUAAGGACUGUAUCGUUUGAUGUCCCACCACAAGAGGUUUUAACAAAGGACAGUGUCACGGUCAGUGUUGAUGCGGUUGUUUAUUAUCGCAUUUCAGAUCCACUAAAGGCGGUUAUACAGGUUGCAAAUUAUAGUCAUUCGACAAGACUGCUGGCCGCCACGACACUACGAAAUGUUUUGGGAACACGGAAUUUAUCGGAAUUAUUGACAGAGCGUGAAACUAUUUCGCAUACAAUGCAAGCAAGUCUCGACGAAAUGACUGACCCGUGGGGCGUAAAAGUGGAGAGAGUAGAAAUAAAGGACGUUAGUUUGCCCACACAAUUACAACGUGCGAUGGCUACGGAAGCUGAAGCUUCUAGAGACGCUCGAGCAAAAGUUAUUGCCGCCGAAGGAGAAAUGAAAUCAUCGUUGGCAUUAAAACAAGCAUCUGACAUCUUAUGCAAAUCUUCAGCCGCUCUACAACUUCGCUAUCUGCAAACACUUAACAAUAUAGCGGCAGAAAAGAAUUCGACCAUCAUUUUUCCAAUUCCUAUAGAUAUGAUGCGCAGUUUCUUACCAGAAAGACAUGAUUAAAUGUUUAUUUUUCUUAUUGUGCACUGUACUCAAAGCAACAUUAUUUGAA